UGAAGACCCCAACCAUCACUCACUCUCCGGCUCUUGCUCCAGUUACUCUCUCCACAGCUAUCUCCACUACACGCAAGAGCUAGCUGCCACACAAGGACACGAUGCCACCCUUACCCAGGAGACCCAAGCAUCUCCUUGUCCUCCUCAUUGUCACAUUCUCUAGCGCCGCCGCCGCCGCCUCCGACGAGGCUAACACGGUCCCCUUCUACCCCACGGCGGAGGCCGCCGCUGCCGCGCACUGCGAAGGCACGCUGUACCGGGAGCUCUGCCUGUCCACGCUCGCCGACAUCCCGGACCUGCACAAGAAGCCCCUCCCGGACGUCAUCUGCGCCUCGGUCAACCGCACAGAGGACGUCGUCACGGCCAUUGCCUCCAACUGCUCCUCUUACCUCAAUGACAGGUCCCUCACCCUCACCGCGCGGGACCGCCUGGCCAUCACCGACUGCAUAGAGCUCUUCUCCACCACCAUGGACGAGCUCCGGGCCACCACCGCCGACCUCGAAUCCCCUGCCGCCACCUCCAACGGCUCGGCCCCUCUGGGCACCAGGCGCGCCACCAUGGACCACGUCAUGACGGUGCUCUCGGCGGGCAUCACGAACCAGUACACCUGCCUCGACGGCUUCAAGUACCAGAACGGCAGCAGUGUGCGGCGCUACAUUGAGCCCACCGUCCACCACGUCUCCCACAUGGUCAGCAACUCGCUCGCCAUGGCCAAGAAGCUGCCCGGCGCCAGACCCAGCGCGUCCACGCCGUCGCCGUCCUCGUCGUCGACGGCGGAGCAGGCGGAGACGGAGACUGUGGCGCGUCAACCGUUCAUGGGGUACGGGCAGAUGGUGAAGGGGUUCCCGAGGUGGGUGCGGCCCGGGGACCGGCGGCUGCUGCAGGCCCCGGCGGCGAGCGUGACCCCCGACGCGGUGGUGGCGAAGGACGGGAGCGGGAACUACACGACGGUGUCGGCGGCCGUGGCGGCGGCGCCGACCAACUCGGCGAAGCGGUACGUGAUCUACAUCAAGGCCGGGGCGUACCUGGAGAACGUGGAGGUGGGGAAGAAACAGAAGAACCUGAUGUUCGUCGGCGACGGCAUCGGCAAGACCGUCAUCAAGGCCAGCCGCAACGUCGCCGACGGCUCCACCACCUUCCGCUCCGCCACAGUCGCUGUUGUGGGCAACAACUUCUUGGCGCGCGACCUGACGAUCGAGAACUCGGCGGGCCCGUCGAAGCACCAGGCGGUGGCGCUCCGCGUGGGCGCGGACCUGUCGGCGUUCUACCGGUGCAGCUUUGUGGGCUACCAGGACACGCUCUACGUGCACUCCCUCCGCCAGUUCUUCCGCGACUGCGACGUUUACGGCACCAUCGACUUCAUCUUCGGCAACGCCGCCGUCGUGCUCCAGGGCUGCAACCUCUACGCUCGCAAGCCGCUGCCGAAUCAGAGCAACGUCUUCACGGCGCAGGGGCGGGAGGACCCCAACCAGAACACGGGCAUCUCCAUCCAGAAAUGCAAGGUGGCCGCGGCGUCCGACCUCGUCGGCUCCGAGUCCUCGACCAAGACGUACCUGGGCCGGCCGUGGAAGCUGUACUCGCGCACGGUGUUCAUGCAGUCGCAGCUGGACUCGCUGAUCGACCCGGCCGGGUGGCUGGAGUGGAACGGCAACUUCGCGCUCGACACGCUCUACUACGGCGAGUACAUGAACAGGGGCCCCGGCGCCGGCACCUCGGGGCGGGUCAAGUGGAAGGGGUACCACGUCAUCACCAGCUCCGCCGAGGCCAGCGCGUUCACCGUCGGCUCGUUCAUCGACGGCGACGUGUGGCUCGCCGGCACGUCCAUCCCCUACACCACCGGAUUGUGAGCGAUCGAUUCACGACGAGUUCCAUAGCGAGAUGCAUGUCAAUAAAAUGGGGUGGAAUUCAUAAGCCGAAGCUAGCAUCGAUUGGAUUACUGUGUUACUGUUGAUUCUUUCGUUUUGGGGCUCAGAUUGUACCAUCUGUAUACGCGUGUGCAUGAUCCGGUAUAUUAAUGCUUGUCCAAUGAACGUACGUACUCCGUAUCAGUAUUUACAUGUAAAAUCAGGUGUACCUUUUUCU